GCCUCCUUCUCCCAGGGCCGUCAGACCGUCGCGAACUUCGAGGCGACGCGAGGGGUGGGAGCAGCCGCGAAAGUUCUCUGGUGGGGCGAAACCGCGAGCCGGUUGCGGAGUGCUGAGGCAACAUGUCACGCCCCUCUGCUCCUCCAAGCUAUGAAGAUCGAAAUCCACUCUAUCCUCCACCAGGGGGAGGGUAUCCUGGAGGUUAUCCGCAGCCACCACCCUACAGCGGUGGGUAUCCUGAGCCUGGAGGCUACUCCCACCCAGGAGGGUACCCCCAGCCGUUUCCUCCUGUGCCUGCAGCACCUAUGAAUUUUGGAGGUGAGAGUGAUUUCCAUGCGGCCGAUUGGGAUGAUAAGAAAGUCAGACACACUUUUAUCCGCAAGGUUUAUAGCAUUAUCUCCGUGCAGUUGCUUGUGACAGUAGGCAUCAUUGCAAUCUUCACCUUUGUUGAACCUGUGUCAGGUUUUGUGAAGCGUAAUAUUGCUGUGUACUAUGCAUCCUAUGCUGUAUUCCUGGUCACUUACCUGGUGCUGGUGUGUUGUGAGGGACCACGGAGACGUUUUCCAUGGAAUCUCAUCCUUCUGUCUAUCUUUACACUAGCGAUGGGAUUCAUGACAGGCACCAUUGCUAGCAUGUACUCUACCAAGGCUGUUCUAAUUGCUAUGAUCAUUACAGCGAUUGUGGCCAUAAUUGUUACCAUCUUCUGUUUCCAGACAAAGGUGGAUUUCACAUCCUGCACUGGUUUGUUCUGUGUGCUGGGCAUUGUUGUCAUGGUGACUGGAAUUAUCACAGCCAUAGUCCUGUCCUUCAAAUACGUUCCUUGGCUCCAUAUGCUCUAUGCAUCUAUUGGUGCAAUCGCCUUCACCCUGUUUCUUGCCUAUGAUACCCAACUGGUCUUGGGCAACAGGAAGCACACUAUCAGCCCUGAGGAGUACGUCUAUGGAGCCCUCAAGAUCUACACAGACAUUGUUUAUAUCUUUACCUUCCUCUUGCAGAUUGUGGGCAGCAGAGAUUAGAUGGAUGAAAAUAUUUAAGACUUUGACAAUCUUCCCCAGAGAUCAGGAAGUGAUACCUUUCUGGCUCUAAUGUACUGUUACGUGCUUGCCUCCAGUCCAUAUAUAAAUGCCAAGAAAGGAUUCACAGAGUGGACCCAGAAACAUAAUAAGGAACCAUAUAUUGUAUUCAGUGAGAUAUGGAUCUUAAUCUUUUUGUUUGCUUCUGUAUUUCCACACAUGGCACAUCAUUCUUUAAUUUGUGCCCGGGAAUAAUGAAUGUAGUAUGUAUUACCACUCUGAUAUGAUGUAUUGCAGUCUUUCAACUUACCCAUUUAUUUGUAUUUUUGUCAGCCUUUAAGGUGCAGACGAUUCUUCUAAUUAAAAAAAUCUAUUGUUACAAGGCUCUUAUUACAUAAGUGCAAAUAAAUAUAUAUAUAUUUUUGAAUUAAA